GCUGAUAUUGAAAAGUAGGGUGGGAGGUGGUGUUUUGAUAUUACAUCACUAACAACAGUAGCUUAUCAGUUGGCACACUUAUAUAGUGAAAACAUGUAAACAGGAGGAAAGAGGGGAAACCGUUUUUCACUGGGUUUUACCAUUGGCUACUGUGAUAGUUUACAGCUAAGAAAGUUGAGACUUGGCAUAAUGUUUCAUUGGCUAUGGUUGGAAUUCCAUUGUGCUAUCCUUUGUUAGACAAUACUCACAUAUCAGCCUCAAUGGAACGCUUCAUCUGGAGGAUCUAAUGUUGUCACUGUAACAAGAUGGAUGGAUGUCUGCAACUGAGUCCAUGGAGCCUAGUGAUGAGGUGGACCCUGCCAAGUCGCCUACAAGGCAGAGAAGGUCCCGAGGUGCCUUGAAAAAACUGCGUAAACUCUUUCACACCCUGCGUUUUGUUAAUAAAUUACGCUUCAGUGAAAGUUACUUUGCUGUCAAAGGUGCUGCUAUGAUACUACCCCAACUAGAAGGCAGGCGCAGUAUAGCCAAAGGAUCACAUGGAGGAGAUAUCCAGAACCAUCUCCAGGCCAUGUUUUAUCUUCUUAGACCACAGGACACAAUCAAAGUAGCUGUGAAGUUAGAAAGUUUAUUCCCUGACAGAAAUCGCUACCUUGUAAUAGUUUCCACCAAUGGCCGCCAAGACACGGAGGAGAGCCUCAUCCUGGGUAUUGACUGUAAUGACAAAGCCACUGUGGGUUUGGUGCUGCCCGUAUGGGCCGAUACCAAGGUCAGCCUGGAUGGAGAUGGGGGGUUUAGUGUUACAUCCAAUGACAGACACCACAUAUUCAAACCAGUCUCAGUGCAAGCUUUGUGGUCUGCUUUGCAGUGUCUCCACAAGGCCAGUGAGGUGGCCCAGCAGCACACUUACUACCCUCAUGGUCUAACCCACACCUGGGUGGGCUUCUAUGAUUCCAUCAUACAGUCUGACAGGUCAUGCCUCAGUGAAUGGCAUGCAAUGGAAGACAUUGACUUUACCCGUCCAAAUUCUCCACUGUUGACACUAGGAGAGGAACGAAAUGAUACAGAGAGACAGAUUAAAGUGAAACUAAAGGAGAUCAUGUUAACAGUGGACCUGGAAGAAGUAACUAGUAGAUAUCUGCGGUUGCAAUUGGAAGAAAAGCUGAAACAGAAUUUGAAAGAUUACCGUGGCUAUAUUGAUGAGCAGUGCCUUAUAAUCAUGGGACAGCUGGAUGCUCCAUCAAAGAUUUUUGACUACCUUUACCUGGGCUCAGAAUGGAAUGCUUCCAAUUUAGAGGAAUUGAAGAAAAAUGGGGUUGGUUUUAUUCUAAACAUCUCAAGAGAGAUUGACAACUUCUUUCCUGGUGUAUUUGAAUACUACAACAUUCGUGUGUUUGAUGUAGAGGAAAGUGAUUUGCUCAGAUACUGGGAGAAAACUUACAAGUUUAUUUCCAAAGCCAAGAAUUCAGGUUCCAAGUGUCUUGUUCACUGCAGAAUGGGGAUCAGUAGAUCAUCUUCCACUGUAAUAGCAUUUGCUAUGAAAGAGUAUGGCUGGUCUUUGGAAGAGGCACUGAAGUAUGUCCAGAAGAAGCGUAGCAUUGCAAAUCCCAAUUCUGGCUUCUUACACCAGUUAGAGAUCUACCAGGGUAUACUUGAUGCAAGCAAACAAAGGCACAAUUCCUUAUGGAGGUCAAAGUCUGAAAACAACCUUAACAAUCUAUCUGUACUUCGACGGGAAGAGGAAGAAGAAGAAGAAGAAGAUGAGGAGGAGGAAGAAGAGCUUGAAUUACCUGGUGCAGAAAGCCCUUAUUUGCAGGUACCUGCACUGCAUCCUAGGUCUCAGUCCCAUGAAGAAAAAAAGGCAUCAUGUAUUCUCAGAGACCAACAACAUCCAGAAGCCCUAGAGGCCAAAGACCUAGAUAGAAUGAACUUAGCUAAAUUUGAGAUGGAUGUUGAACUUAGUUCCCGAAGUGCAGACUCUAUGGAUGAAGUCUUCCCUGAUGAACCAUCUCCAACUGCAGCAGGUCCAAGUGGAUCGAAUUCUUUUGAAAUGAGUGCUGCAUCUCAGACAAAGAAAUCUGUGUCACAAGGUGCCUCUCAAUCUCACUCUAUCUCUGAUGAUGACCAAGAUUCCAGUGAUAGCGAAAGUAGUUCUGAGUCUUUGUCAGAUAAAGAAACAGAUGACAGUUCACUGUGUAGUGAUUCUGAUGUCUCAGAAAAAGGUGCUACUGGCUUGUAUCAAGUUGCCUCUCUCCAUGCCACAUCCAUACCUUCCUUUCAACAAACUAAGCAGAAACCUCAUAGAAAGAUGUUAGGAGAAAUUCCAGAAGAUAAACAUCGCAGUUUGGCUCCUCAGUCCAAGUGCCAGCCACAGACUCCUGUAAAACGAGUGAAAAGUUUGCCCAACUUGGAGGAGUUGAGGCGGCGUCUGAAGAGGCCGCUUCAGCUGUCCUUGGCCUCAAGGCCAUCACGGUUUUCUGGUGUUAGGCCCGACAACAGCUGGAUCAAAUCAGCACCUGAGACACCAGAAGCUGAAGAAACCGAAAGGCCAACAUUUCAGACCGAGUCUUAUGACAAAAAAACAUGUGAAGACACAGAUGAAGUGAGCUCUGUGUCUGUUUCAAUUACAGACAGUGACGUUACUCCUGCUGAUGCUGUCUCUGAUAAGUCAGAUUUGAGCAGUGACAGUGAAGAAGAAAUGCCUGGAAAUGCUGACAGUAAAGAAAAUGUGAAAAUCAAGGACAGUGAUACUGUUAAUGCAAACCCAGAUGUUGGGGCCUUAUACCAUUAUGAAAAAGAACAAAUACCAUGGAAUCCAGGUGCAGUGAAAAAACACCGCCAGGUGAUUGAAGAAAGUUCUGUUCGACAUUCUAGUGUCAGCUCAGACAGUGGCAGUAAUAGCAUGCACAGUUCAUUAUCUGGCAGCAAAGAGAAACUUGUGAAAAUCAACAUUGUGAUAGAUGAGCCUGAAUUUUCAAACAAUUUAUUAGCAAACUCUGAAAAAGCAGUAGACAAAAAGAAUGCUUCUGAAAGAGAAAUGGAUUUGGAUGAACCAGCUUGCAAGGAAACGUUAGUGGACAGAAAUGCUGUGAUUGGCAUGAAGGGUGCUCCAGCCACAGACAGUGCUUAUACACCUGAGGCUUCCCUGCAACAACAAGAUGCUCCUGGGAGUGUCUAUGAAGAGGAGGAGAUUGCCCUGACCCCUGGAUUGGUAAAGAAAACUACACAAGAAAUUGAAGAGAAAUACGGGAGUUUAUCUUAUAAUGUAACAGCCCUGUCUUUGGCAUCUGGGAAGCCAGGCCUGUCUGCAGACUUUUUAAGGACACCGGGAAAGGGAGUGCAAAGGUCCUCCAGCUUGAGAGUGCAGAGAGUGACACCUAAAGUCACCUUAGACAAGGGGAAGAAGACCUAUUCUCCAAUAUUGACACCUCAAGAAGCAAAGAAAGGACAGAGAAAAUGCAAUUUCCCUCUACAAAGUACCAAUACAAGUAACCUAGAUAGUGCUACUUCAGAUGCCACACCAAUAGCUCAGGGUAGUGGUGUGAGAGAUGAGACCAGUUUGCCUGUUUUCAAAAUAGGACAGGAAGAGGUUCCACUUGCGCCUGGAUUGGUGAAAAAACAAACCACGGAUUAUGAAUCUCUGUCAUCAGAAACUUCUCAGAGGGUAACACCUGUUCCUUCAGUGCUGACAGAAACUACUGAAGACGUCUCAAAAGAUAACCAAAGGGCAUUGGUGGGAAGUGUAAAAAAGCAAACAGAAGAAAUAGAAAAGAAAUAUGGUGGAGCUGCCCUAGACGACCAGCAGAAAACAUCCACCACUGCUGAUGAAGUUGCACUCCCAGCUUAUAAGGAGUUAGAAGAUGACAUCCCCUGGGCUGUGGGAACUGUAAAACAACACAAAGAAGCUCUCGAAAACAUCUCUAAAGUCGCUACAAGCCAUGGUUCUUCAGGACUUGCUAGAGCAGAUAGCAUUGGUGAGAUGAACAAUAGAUAUAAAAUGAACAAGGAGACAUUAGGUCUUAUCAGAGCCAUUGGGAAACAUUUGAGCGAAAGUCCACCAGAAGAACCACAGAACAAAGUCAAAAAGGUCACCAGGAAUAUAGAACUUAAGUGGGGUAUAUACAAGAAAGACUUGCAUCCAGUAAAAUCCCUGAAAAGGUCUUUAGAUGGUGAGAGAGGUUGCUCCAGUGUAGGGCCAGUGGGAGAGGCUGCCAAAGCUAGUCCAGCCUCUUUAGAUGCAUCCUGUGAUCAGCCCUCAUCCAGUGGUGGAGUAUCUGGGAAGGAGUUUUCUAGAACUUCAGUAGGUGGCAAAAAACAGAUGGUGCUUCUAGGUGCAAAGGAUGAAGAUGACAGUCAGGGGACAAAGGAAGGUGUUGCUUCUGCCACGCCAGUAACAGUGAAGAACUUGGUGGGAAAAUUUGAUGUGCAGACUCCAACCAUUUCUGAAUCUUCUUUUUCCGGGGUGCUCCAUGACAAGGAAAAACUGUCAUCAAGUGGUGGUCAAGUUGAAAUGAUGAAAUCUGUUGUGCCCAAGAGUAAGGAUCAAGCUAAAUUGCAGUCAGAAAAAGAAAGUGUAGCUGCAGUGCAGCAGACCACUGGUCAAUCUGACCUCGUAGAUAGUCAGAGGCCAUCUGGGUCAAGAUCCAGAUCAUCAAGACCUGCCAGUCUGGCAUCUGCAAUACCUUAUAAGAAAGCUGCUGGUGUCGUAUCAUCAGUAAAGCAGAGGCCAAAAUCUUGCUCUGAUGAUAGCUAUACACACGAACUUUCCUUGACGCCCACAGCUGGUGCACCACAACUUGCAAGUGCCUUGAAAAAUUCUGAAGACUUUGCUCAAUGUCCAUGGAAAAAAGACAGAAAAUUACAGGGACGAUCACAUCCACUGACCAAGCUUGCUGAACAACAGAAUAUUAGAAAUAAUCCCUUUUAUAGUACAAUGUGAUUUAGAUAAAUAGUAGAGUAUGUGGGUUGUGAACAAAAGUGCUACUUUGCUGUGGAAAGGUCUUGGAGAAACACUUUGGCUCAAGACUGGUUUUAGAAAGGGAUUUCAGCCCAAAAAGUUAGUCUCACUUUGGAAUAAAUCUGCAAUUGUUCAGGACUAAUGAAGUACCUUCUGGUCCAAAACAGUUUCAAUUUCUUUCUUGGUAUGAAACAAGCAUUUAUUUUUAUUAGACUGCUACAGAAUUAGUAAGGUCAAAUAAGACCUAAAAUUUUGAUCUUUAAUGAAACAGACCAUUUUUAAAACUUUCCUCUAACAGAAAAAUAUUUUAGUAUAAUAAUGGUGCUUUUCAAAACCUGGAAAAACUUUCUUUUUCAUAUUUCUUUGCAACUGCUUCUAACAGUAAUGAAGUCAUUACCAGAAGAUAUUUAAGUGAACAAGUCUGGAUUCUAAGUCACAGCACAAAAUAUACAAUCAUAUGAUAUAGUUGGGAAUUUUGAUUGUUAUGCCAAUGUACAUAAUUUGUUGGAAUUAGAAUUUUUGAGGCUAGUAAAAGUGCCUUAUUCAUUGUGUACAGCUGCCAAUUCAACUAUUUAUUUAAGAGCUUAUAUUCAUUAAAACCCUUACCAUUGCUUAUUUCACAUGAUUUUUAUCUAUUUUAUUUAUCAGGUAAUGAUAAUUAUUUUAAUCUCGUUAACAAAAUGAUAAAAUUAUUUUGUUGGUUUGAGCUCACUGAUUUGAAAGUUUGCUUUACACUGGGAAGCUCCUGUUGAACAUUAACUUUGUAAAUAGAAGCCAGCUGUAGUGGAUUUGGUGCGAUCAUUACAUACAGAAACAGACCAACAAAUGAAAUAUGGACACCACAAAGGAAUUCAAUCUCCAACUGGAGUAGUUGCCAGCCUUUGUCUAAGCACUGUGAAAGAUCAAGUGGGGGUUUAGUUUUGCACAGGAGCUUGACUUCACAGACAACAAUAAGGCUAUAAUACCAUAUUUUGAAGGUUGCCAAUUUGUAUAAAUCAUUUAUUACUAUCUGGGCUCUUUGUCUCUUAAGAUUGAACACACUUCAUUGAGAUGUUUUUGGCCAUCAUAACAUGCAAGUGCAUACAAUGGUAUUACGAAGGGAUGGCAGGACACGCAUAAAUAAUAUCUGAAGAAAAAUUUUAUUUAGUUGAUUACCGAGUUACAAAAGGGACUUGAUAAUGGUUACUGUAAUGAUGCAAUUUUUUAAAGUCAUUGAGAAGAAUGUACUUCUAGUGAGGACAAUUUAAUAAUAAGACUGAUGAAAUGUAUAGUUGUUUAGGAAACAUUCUUUCCAUUUUUAUGUAAUGGUGUAAUUAAGGUCUGCUCAAACUGGUUGGUGCAAAGUGCAAUUCGGUGAUAUUGGAAAUAAAAGACUACAAACUUU